AUGUCAUUCUUCGACCGUGCUCGAGGUAUGGUGGGUCACCUCGACCCCACCUACGAUGUGGACACCUCGGAUAGAAUGAAGUACCUCUACACACCUUGGAUCCUCUGUGGCACAGCAUUUCUCGUCUUUUGCAAAGAAUAUGUUGGCCAAGCAAUCCAGUGUUGGGUCCCGAGACAAUGGUCGGGAGGAUGGGAACAAUACGCUGAGCAUAUAUGCUUGAUAGAAAAUACAUAUUUUGUAAAUAUGAACGAUACACAUCUGCCCAAGGUGGAUCAGCGCGAAAAUAGGGAGAUACGGUAUUAUCAGUGGGUCCCUUUCGUUUUGCUUUUGUUGGCUUUAUUUCUCUAUGCACCUCGAUUUGUGUGGAUUCAGCUGCAGCACUUCACAAAAAUUGACCUGCCAACGAUUACUGUAGCCCUUCGCAAUGAAGCCAAGAAAAUAAGAGAUCCGCUGGAUAUCAGUACACUUUUAAAGCCUGUCCGGAGAGGGUCCUGGGGCUACAAACUUACCUCUGCUUUGCUGUUCUCAAAGAUACUGUCCAUAAUCGUGCUUAUUGGAGAGAUUUUCUUCAUUGGCUGGUUCAUGGGAGCUGGACAAAUGCACGGCUUGCGAGUUGUCGUCGACGCUUUGAAUGGGAGGCAGUGGGAGUCCAGUGGGAACUUUCCUAGGGUAACUUUCUGUGAUCUUCAAGUUCGAGAACUGGGUGGAGCUGUCCAUCGCUGGUCUCUUCAGUGUGUAUUGAUGAUAAACAUGUUCAAUGAAAAGAUCUUCGUAUUCCUAUGGUGGUGGUUCUGGAUGCUUGUGUUCGUGUCUUUCCUUAAUAUCUUUCGAUGGGUGAUUCGGUUAUCAUUUGAUUCGCAACGAGCAUUUGUGACAACUGUGUUGGAAACAGCUUUGAACGAAGACGUCGAUUCACGGGAUGUCAGUGACUUCUGCAGGGUUGGCCUCAAAAGUGAUGGAGUCACGAUCGUUCAUCUUAUUGAAGAGAAUGCCACUAUAUAUCAGGCUGGCGAGUUUGUUAUACCAUUAUGGGACGAAUUUAUGAGUGCCAAGACGAAAGGCGAAUAG